AUGCGACAUUAUUUCCUGGUAGUCCUUGCUCGGGCUGCAAGUUUUGCGAGUGCGGAGCUGUGGCCAUACAGUCGGUACCAGGGCUCUCAUAAUGCUGGCUUCGUCACGAAUCCAUCUCGAAAUCCGACACAAAAGGCCUCUACAGAGCCUAUCGAUUACUUCGUCAAAUGGCUUGGAAAUCUUGUGAAUAAGAAUCAUAAUCACGAUUUACAAGAGCUUUUUGAGAGCGGUACUGUCUCAGACAAUGUUACCUCAAUCGAAAAUCUAUCCGGCCAGGUUGCCACGCCUGAACGGCCAGUCAUUGGCCCGCAAGUUCCAGACCAUGGUCUCUACGACGAUCUAAAGACUGAGGCAAGCUUGCUGUUCAGGAGCUUGAACUAUGAACUAGAGCCGGAAUGCUUUUAUGGCAAAGCGACUUGGUGGUUCCGUACAUACGAAGGGCACUGCAAUUGGCUAAAAAAGGGUGAGUCGGGUGAAGGCUCAGUUGGAUCAGCCAGACCACGCGAUUACCAACAACACACGUAUGCCGACGGCAUAUCCGAGCCACGAGAUGGACCAAACCCACGGGCCGUUAGCAAUGCAUUCUUCAAGAGAAAAAAGAAGAUUUACUAUGACCAUACGCCUCUCCUUCUGGGGCUCAUCGAGUUCAUUAUGCAUGACGUUACGUAUAGUCAAGACUCUACCGACGAAUUUAUUGAAGUCUCUAUGCCAGAGGAUGAAGAGAUAUUUCCCCUGAACACCACAAUUAGAGUGCUAAGAACAGCCGCCAUGCCUGGAACGGGCACAUCCAGAAGCAACCCCCGCGAAAACAUCAACAUUGCAACAACGUGGCUUGACAUAUCAUCGCUGUAUGGCAGUAAUGCUGAUGUAGCACACCGAUUGCGAUCAAGAACUGAUGGCAAGCUUCUCACACAAGAGGUACAACCGCCUGGCACCAGGGCAAAGGCCUCUUACCUUCCCUUCAACACCGUGGGCGUACCGACCAACACACGUCCUGGUGUUAAGCCGGAAGAGUUGUUUGCUGGAGGUGAUCCCCGUACCAACGAGGACUGGCUAAUUCUUGGUAUUCAUACAUUACUACUUCGAGAGCAUAACAGGCUCUGCGACAUUCUCAGGAAACAGAAACCGACUUGGGACGAUGAGCAGCUUUACCAAACUGUACGCGUGGUCAUGUCCGCAAAACAUGCAUUGAUCGCCAACGCAUACCAAAUGGCCUAUUGGACCGAUGAGAUGCCAUGGCCAAGAGAUGACGGAUUUCCACUUUAUCGUCAGACGUUUGGUGAGAGCGCAUUGGAGAUAAAUCCCGCCAACACGUAUCCUUGGCCACUUGUCACUAAGAAUGGAAAGCCAAUGACGGUCUCUGCAGAAAUGGCUGUCGUCUAUCGCUUCCACGAGUUCAUCAUCCCGAAUUUCCCGAUCAAGGAUCAGAACAAUGAGACACUAUGGGAGCAGAAUCUAUUUGAUACAAGCUUCAAUAGCAGAGGGUUUCUCGACGUUGGACUGGAAAGAAUUCUUGCUGGGGCUCUUUCGUCGCACAUUCCCAACUUCAAGUCCGGAGUAGAUGAGAGUUUCAGAAGCGCUGGGCUCUAUCGCGGCCGUCCCUUCGACAUCGUCGUCUCAAGUAUCGUGCAUGAACGAGAGCAAGGCUUGCCGACCUUCAAUCAAUAUUUUCGCGAGUACAACGCUCAGGAUCCAGAAGUUGUCGUCCCAAUCCGUGACACUUGGGACAAGUUCUCGACUGAUCCCGAAGUCAUACAAAAUCUAAAGACGCUCUACAAGCACCCCGAUGAUGUUGACCUCGUCGUUGGUUGCCAACUUGACGAGGAAUGGUUCCCAGGUACCACAGUUCCCAAGUCAGCCCUCAUCAUCAGCCUCUUCAGCUUAUUUGGCAUGGGAAACUCGGACCGCUUCUCAAUUGGCUUCGCGAUGAUGCGCUGUCUUCUUGUGGAUCGCCCCUGGGAUUGCCAUCCCAGUAAUGCUUUAGAAGACCUGAUAUGGGAGCGAAAGAGCGUACCUGGCUUUCCCAACUUUAGGUUUUAUAGCGACUUUUGGGUUAAGGAGCUGGAUUUGCCCGCCCACGGUACGAAUCUCUUGUGGCGCUUGAUCACAGAAAACUCAGAGAUCAAUUGCGUUCAGAGAUCGCCUUUGUUUCCGCCCGAUAAGGAUACCAACCCGAUUCUGUGUUCAAGAGAAGCAGAUAAAGUGUCUUCAUCGGCUGUGCUGUUGAACCUUUUCCAAAUUGUACUAUCGCUAUUGAAACAUAGCCCUUAUAGCUUCAUCGCUACAGUCAUCAUUACUGUAGGCAGUGGCAUCCUAGGAACUAUGCGGUACUUAAGAUCAGAUACUAUACUUAAGCGGAAGAUUUAA